ACAGGUUACACACAGACCAAUGUGGGUGAAGCCCUGGCGGCUGUGCACGGCUCUGAAUUCAGCCAAACCACCAUCUGCCGCUUCGAGAACUUGCAGCUCAGCUUCAAAAACGCCUGCAAGCUCAAAUCCAUCCUGGCAAAGUGGCUGGAGGAGGCUGAGCAAGCCGGUGCUCUUUUUAAUGAGAAGAUGGGCAUGCAUGAGCGUAAACGCAAACGGAGAACAACCAUCAGUCUUGGGGCUAAGGAA